AUGAACCCGCCGCCGUCAAACCUGGCGAGGUGUCCUCGGGCGCUUCCCGCGGUGGUGGCACUCUUGCAGGAGGUGGUUGGAGUGCAGCACAUCAAAGGCGCGGUCUUUGACGACGACGUCCUGCUGACCGGCGCCAACGUCUCGGCCGACUACUUCUCGGCGCGGCAGGACCGCUGCAUACUCCUCCGAGGCUGCGCGCCGCUGGCCGACCUCUUCUCCGAGCUCCUCGUCGCUCUCGCCGCCGCCGCCGGCACCGAUGUCACAAGCCCACGCUCCUCGUCGCAGUCGCCGCCGCCGCCGCCGCUGUCGCCGUCGCCGCUGUCGCCGCUGUCGCCGUCGCCGUUACCGCCGCUGUCGCCGUCGCCGCCGCCGCCGCCGGCGGCGGCGGCGGCGGCGGCGGCGGCGACCGAGCACAGCAGAGAGGGGCGGGCGGCGGAGGGUUUGGUUGCCGCCGUCUGCCGCAUCUUUGCACGGGCUCGCGAGAGGGCGGGGCCGCCGCCAGAAGGGCCUGCGAGCGCGGGAGGGGUGUGGGUUCUGCCGGCGGCACAGAUUGGCGCCUGCGUCUCUGCGACGCGGGGGCGAGGCUGCGGCGCGAGCUCGUCAACGGACGGACUGAUCCACAGGCGCUUGCGGCCACGAUGUCGAAGGCGAGGCGGCGCGCGCGGGCUGCUCCCCGCCAUGUACGCGGCGCUGGAGGCGAGCCUCGUCCGCCACGCGCGUUCGGUGGCCGACGCUGCGGCCGCGGGCGACCGCGAUGGCGCUGCCGCCGCCGCCACCGCACCGCUGCUGCGAUUGCGUCACUACCGCCGGCUUGGGUGGACCUAUCACGCCAAGGGCCUCUGGCUGUGGCCCGCCGCGGCAGCCGAGGUGGUGGGCGGCGGCGUCAGGCGUCCGCAGGCCGGGGAGGGCGAGGCGCUGGCGGGCGAGGCGGGGGCGCAGGGCGACGCGGCUUGUUUUGAUGCGUCGGGACCUGUCGCGACGCUCGUUGGCUCGUCCAACUUUGGGGAGCGCUCGGCGCGGCGUGACCUCGAGCUGUCUUGCGUCAUCGUCGCCACUGACCCUGGAGUGCGAAGGCGCGCCACACGACGAGAUCCAGCCGAGAUCCACACGAGAUCUAUCCACUCGAUGGCCUACGACAGGACUACGUUACGGCAUUGGCCCUUCACCCCCAACCUUCCCCACCUACGGCGGCCGUAG